UAAAGCGCUUCUCCUUCAGCACGGAUUUAUUUAUCUCAUCCUCCUCCGAGCACGCGCGCACGCACGCACACACACACCUACAGCUACAUCCGUAAUCAUCAUACACACACACACACACACGCACACACAAAUACAUCACCAUACACACUUCCCGCAGCACGGCAGCAUGUCUGUAGCAGGGCUGAAGAAGCAGCUCCAUAAAGCCACCCAGAGAGUGAGUGAGAAAGUGGGUGGAGCUGAAGGAACUAAACUCGACCAUGACUUCACGGACAUGGAAAAGAAGGUGGACGUUACGAGCCGAGCUGUACUGGACAUCAUAACCAAAACUACAGAAUACCUGCAGCCUAAUCCAGCGACUCGUGCUAAGAUGAGCAUGAUGAGCUCCAUGUCGAAGAUCCGUGGAGGUGACAAGGGGCCAGGAUACACGCAGACGGAGACGGUUCUGGGAGACGCCAUGCAGAAGUUUGGCCGUGAGCUCGGGGACGAGUCCAACUUCGGUCUGGCUCUGAUCGAUAUUGGCGACGCUAUGAAAGAGCUGGGUGAGGUUAAGGAUGCGUUGGACAUGGAGGUGAAGCAGAACUUCAUCGACCCCAUGCAGGUGCUACAUGAUAAAGACCUGAAGGAGAUCCAGCACCACCUGAAGAAGUUGGAGGGGAGGCGUCUGGACUUCGACUAUAAGAAGAAGCGGCAGGGGAAGGUGGCCGAGGAUGAGAUCAAGCAGGCGGUGGACAAAUUCCACGACUCGAAGGACAUUGCUGAGCAGAGCAUGUUCAACCUGCUGGAGAGCGACGUGGAGCAGGUGAGUCAGUUAGCUGCUCUGGUGCAGGCUCAGGUGAAUUAUCACAGACAGGCGGCGGAAAUCCUGCAGCAGCUCUCCAGCAAGAUUGACGACAGAAUUAGAGACACUUCCAAUAAGCCGAGGAAGGAGUAUGCACCCAAAUCGCGGGACGCGCUCGACUUGUCCCUGAGCGAGAGUCACAAUGGGGGACUGGGACAUAGCCGAGCUGCUCCCCGCUCCCCGGCCCCCCUGGACCACCCGUGUUGCCGCGCCCUGUAUGACUUUGACCCGGAGAACGAGGGCGAGCUGGGCUUUAAGGAAGGUGACAUCAUAACGCUGACCAAUCAGAUCGAUGAGAACUGGUAUGAAGGGGUGGUAAAUGGCCAAUCAGGAUUCUUCCCUGUUAAUUACGUCGAUGUCCUGGUGGCCCUGCCACAUUAAUCCGCCCUGGAGUCCGGUCCCACACUGCUCCUGGAGAGAGAGAGAGAAAGAAGUGAUAAUUGCAGUAAUCAUUAGAAGAAUUAAGGAAGAAUAUUUAUCUUUCUGUUUUCUCUUGUUUCUCUUUUCUCUCCUGUGUUCUGUACAUUUCUCUCUGUUCUGUCUUUGUGUAUUUUUCUCUGAUUCCGUCUCUCUCCAUCUCUCUCUUUCGCACUUUUCUCCUUUAUGUCGUGUUUGUGCAUGAUGUAAGAAACAUUUGCACUUUGAAGGAAAUGUAUUAAUAAUUUAUUUUAUUUUAUUUGGUGUAAGGUAAACAAAGUAUUUUUGUUGUUAUUGUUGAGAAAGCUUCCGUCACCUCCACGUAGAGACAAACAGCCCAGAUGGAGUUUCUUCCCUUGCAGAUUUUAUUAGGAAAAUCAUAUUAAUGACACCAUUAAGACAAAUCUAUGACCAUACUGUAUUAAUGAUUUUUUUUUGUCUUUUUCUGCAUGCGGAGUUUCACCCGAACACUCUUCACAUGAAUUAAACCUUAUUCAAGUAUAACGAUUAUAAAAUUAAUCACAGUAUUAAACUAUGACAGCGUGAAAAUUAAACUGUGACUCAGCGAAAAGCUGAAUAUUUAAUAUUAAUAAACACACACACACACACACACACACACAUACGGUGUGAAGGUUAAUGUUCCCCUCUGUAUUUCUGUGUGAAAUCAAACUGUGAGAGUUUUCUUAAAUAAUUAAACUGUAAUUAAUAUCUAUAACCUGAGAGAAAAAAAAAUUACAAUCAAUGUUUAUGAUUUAAAUUAAAAUGUACUCUUUAAUCAAAAUAAUAUUAAAAUAAAUGAUAAGUAUAACA